CAAUGCCAACUUGUUACUUAUGUUUUCCUACAAACAUUUUUGUCAGUUAAAUCAAAAAAAUAUGUCUCAUCUCCUCCACCCGCCAUGAAGUCAGACGCUCUGACGACCGCUCACAAAUCAGGAGACGGACAGACUUCCAAAGCGAAUACCGCCAGAAAACCCGGAGAACGGAGCACGGCGACAAAACCGAAGGCGACGUCAACUGGGGCGCCGGUUUUAAACGGUGCCGCGGGGGCUAGGAGGGAUGUCGCCGGUCCGGCUCGAUCUCGCGUGGUGAAGGAAACUGAUAAGAAGGUUAAUCCAGGGAGCAGAUUGAAGACCUCCCCUCCUAGCUGCACAUCCAGAGCUCUAAAGGGCCCCACGCAACAGGCCAGUUCAGCCGCAUCGGCAGAAAACGGCGGCAAGAGCCAUCAUGUUGUGAACCCAUCCAUUCCAGGAACAAAACCCAAACAGCCAUUGAACAAAUCCACGCUGACUAAAUCGGAUCCAACAAAGCAGACUAGCGGCAGUCCUGCCAGCAGGUCCAAGGCGAAAGAAGCCAUUAAAGUCAAGCCUGGAGCAGCAGAGGGCGCUGUGGCUGGAACGGGGAGAGCCAGAGGAGACACCAAAGGAAAAGGACUGCAAGAAAACCAUGGGGCUUUGCAGGUCCGCACCAGGUCCUUGGACUAUUGGAGAGUUGUGGAACGCCCAGGCAAAGAGCCACCAAGAACAUUUUGGAGGUUGCCAAAAAGGUUCACGGUAGCUCUGCCUGUGGGGAUAUGUGGCGAAGUGUGCUACCUGGACAUGUGUCGGGGCCUGAUCACUGGGUCGCCGGGCAACUUCAUCCAGCGCUUCUUGGAGGAUCCCAAGGCGUUCCCAGGACAGCCAGGAGACAUAGCCUCUUCAGCGUGUCCUGGAUCGGCCCUGCGGCCUCCUCCCACAACACCUCACCAGGGAGCCGUCAAGCAUGGAGCUCCUGUAAAAAAGCAGGUUUUGCCCAGAAAAGAUUUAGACAGCAUCAAAUCUGCACCUACCAAACCAAAUGGAGAAACAACCAAAAAGAACAUAACCGGAGCCUCAGCUAAAUGUGCUAACAAACCAACCAAAGUGUCUGUGCCGUCUAAGCAACCGUCAAAGUCUUCACCAAAGGCUAAAAGUACGACAGAAUAUGAGAUAGCCUCAACAAAAUCCAGAACAAGCAGAAAUGGAAAAGGACCCGAAACAAAGGAAAAUGCUAAAAGUUUAGACUGUAAAACUGAACAAGAGACGAGUGUUAGCGUAGCACCUUCGAGCCAAGACCAAGAUUCUGUUAGCUCCCAUCUGGAGACAACUUUGUCUACAUCUGAUGUACAAAAGACUGAAAAACAGUCCGCAAAUGAAGCAGCUAAACCCAGUCUUUCGUCGCAAACUGUUAGAUCUGUCACCGCGGUUAAAAAAUCUGAAAGUCUCACCGGUGUCGGAUCUCCGAGCACCCCCGUAGACACUCCCUGCAGCGUAGGAAGCACCGGCACUCCGUUGGAAGACUCCUGGAGUGGGAUUCACCCGCAGAUCAGUCCCGCGUCCGAAACGGGCAGCACUCACUCCACCUCCUCGGAUGACAUCAAGCCCCGCUCCGAGGACUACGACGCAGGGGGCUCGCAGGACGACGACUGCUACAACGAACGAGGCGUUUCCAAAUGUGGCACCAUGCGCUGCCACGACUUCCUGGGGCGCAGUAGCAGCGACACCAGCACGCCCGAGGAGUUCAAGAUGUAUGAGACAGGCGCGGGGCUGAGGGUAGAGGUUCGUUUGCGAGGGCGGGAGGCAGAGACGACCAGCGAGGAAGAGGUAGCGAGGCGGCGUCCUCGCUCAUGGUUGCAGAAGGAAGAGCAUUCAGGAGGCGUCGUGACAGCGGAAACUGUCUCUGAGAAUCAGACAUCUGAGGAGGAGGAUGACAACGAGGAGACCGAAGAAGAGAGGUCCGAAGUGGAGGUGGUCCCCAGUCAAGCUCCAACCGAUCCCUCGCCUCCGUUUCAAGGGAUCGUCAACCUAGCGUUCGACGACGACGGAGGGGACCGAGAGAGCGAGCAGCCGGACUUUCAGUCCGCAUCCAACUUUCGCCGAUCCGUUCUGCUCUCCGUGGACGAGUGCGAGGAGCUCGGUUCUGAGGAAGGCGGACCCCAGACACCUCAAGACCCUGACGACGCGGCUACUCCCUGCGAUGUUUUCGAGUCGGACUCCGUCACUCCGCAAUCUCACUGCGCCCGGUCGCCCAAUCCGUGCGAACAUUCAGGUACAGAUCAAGAAAAGCCCGAGGAGCUCCGGGAAGAGACGUGUGCCGGCACCGAAGCCGCCGCAGACCCCCCGCCCCAAGAGCGUCCGUGUCACCUGGACCUCCGGCAACCGUACGCCAACGGAAUCAAGAAGGCCGACUUACACCUAGACUUAAAUGAGCCACACAUGACGGGGGACUCUCCCGUACGUGCUGCACAAUCUCCAGCAGGCGACAUUGCUUGUGACAGAUUGGAUCUAGGCGGCGGCAACCGCCAGCGGACGCCGUCCAACAAAGCCCUCUCCCCUAUUUACGAGACGGACACAGGCGACACGUUUGCGCGCCGCUCGGACAGAUCGGGACAAGGGAACAAUGAGGACAAACGCAGCGAGUUUGCAGAGCGGGACUGGAACCUGCUUCGGCAGCUCCUCUCGGACCAGGAGUCCAAUUUGGGUGUGAUCAACCCGGUGCCGGAGGAGCUGAACUUGGCGCAGUACCUCAUCAAGCAGACGCUGUCGUUGUCACGGGACUGCCUGGACACCAGGGCCUUCCUGUCCCCGGAGAGGGAGACCUUCAAGCGGUGGGCGGAACUCAUAUCGCCCAUGGAGGACUCGUCCACCAGCAUUACGGUGACCAGUUUCUCCCCGGAAGACGCCGCCUCGCCACAAGGGGAGUGGACCAUUGUGGAACUGGAAACGCAUCACUGA